AUGUUCAGUCAAUCGAGAGGAAUCAGCCACAGGCUGGUUUUGUUGGCGAUCGUCCUGUCACUCCAUCACGCCAGCGGACGAUCCGUAAGGCCGGUCACGUUCGGCUACGAGUUGGGAACCCCCAUCAGCGAUGUCCUUUCCGCUGUGCCGGAUCAGGUCGCCGAUUUGUCGGGCGCUGCAGCGGAACCGCGUCCGGUUUACGUAGAGUUAGUGAAACAGCCAUUGAGUUUGCCUUUAGUGGCCGACGCCGCUGCCGCUACCGCUACCGUUAGUGCCGCAAGUGAUGCUCCCGUCAAUAGUGCCAGUGAAAAAGUCGAGAAGGUCCUCCGCACGCCUAUGGCGUUCUCUAUGAACACGGACCAGACGCAUGCUGCGUCGGAUCUGAAGGAGAAGCUUCAGUCCCAGCAUACUCCCGACCAGCAACCAGAAGCUAUCGACUACUACAAGUACUUGGCUCGUCUCCAGGACGAAAGCAAGGAUUCCGGCGCUGCGGUGAAGAAAGAUAACGCCGAGCUUAAGAAAGAGGAAAGCGCCAGCGAAAAAAAGGAGGUUACCGAGGAGAAGAAGGAUGGUUCUGACCUCAGAGUGAAGAGCAAACCGAAUAUAUUCUUGAGUCACAGUCCUUCCCAUUUCUACAGCGAUUAUGUCCAACCAUCUGUGGAGUUCCACAAGAGCGACAAUCAAAAGUCCGAGGAUAGCAAAGACGGUGACCACGAAGGCAACGCCAACAAUCACCACUAUAAUCACCACCACAAUGAAGACCAGUCCGAUGACCUUGGAGGCAAGGGCGAGGCUACUGAGACUCAUGAGGAGCAUAACGCUGAAAGUCAUCAAAGCGGACAUCAGAGUGCGACAGAAGAAGGGCAGAAAGAAGAAGUCCAAGCCAGCGCGAGCAAUCAUGGCGGAGGCGGCGACGGUGGUCAUGAUGGCAACUACAAAAAAGGCGGCGGCAGGGAGUAUCAAUCCGUAAACAAAGGCGAAUACGGUCAAGUUGGAGAGAAGAAGUACAGCGGCUAUCAUCACCAUGAAAAAGGGGAGAAAGGACACAAAGACAAAGACGAUCAUAUCAACGAGUAUGAAGAAAAUAUAGGUCAGAAGAAUGGCCACCACGAAGAGGACGGAUACGAGGCCGAGCACCAACACGGCGAGGAAGGAAAGCGCGCUACAGAGUUUCACGAAGAAGGUGAGCACAGUAAAGGACACAGCACCCAGGGAGAGCACAAUAUCCACAAAAAGGACGAAUACGAAAAGAAGCAAGAGUUCUACGACGAAAGUCACGAAGGAGGAGAGCACGAGAAACACGGCGAGUACUUCCAUGAAGACGAUUAUAACAAGGGUGGCCACCAUAAAAGCGGACACCAUCAAGGAGGCGCCCACGAGGAGCACUACGGCAAACAGAAAGAAUUCGAGGAAGGCGGGCACGAUAGCAAAGACGACGGCCACCAAAAGGCCAUCGGACGCGAGGUGCACCACGACCACGAGCAGAAAGGAGGCGAGGAAUCGGAGUCUAAAGGAGGAAAGAGAUGGCAGUACGAACAAGGCCAAGGCCAUGGUGGUGACGAUAACAAAGGGGCCCACCAACAACAGGUCGAAGUGGUCGUCGCAGACGGAACAGCCGAGGCCAGCGACAACGGAAAACCCGAAGACAACAAAGGCGCUGAUUUUCACAUCCAUGAAAUCACCAACGAGAAGAAACUUCAACAACCCCUCGAGAACUACAACGGUGACCUGGUGCAAGCCACGGAGCUUCACAAACAAAUUAUCGAGGAGUACAACUAUGGCGGCGCCAAUCUUGAUCAGGGACAUGGCAAUGGUAAUCAGAAUGUUGAAGCAAGCCAACAUCAUCCUGUUCUUGAUGCAGGUCAUCUACAGAAAGGGGCUGGUCCUGCCCAAGCAGAAAAACAAGAUUACGUUGCAUCCAAAUUUGGACUCGUCUACGGAGCAGAGACAGUGCCCGAGAAGGCAGUACAGCAACCCGACAGAACCGCAGAGAACAAUUACGGUGCCGACGCCAACGCCUAUAUCGCUCUCCUUCAUGCCCAGUCCCAACCGCACCCGGCGCACGUCCACGAAAAUGGGCAGAUCUGCCCGGGAAGCCCGUCCGAUCAAGAGGCCACAGCACCUGUUCCUCAGCUGGCCCAACCAGCAGAGUCCCAUGGACAAGGUGAGGCAUCUGCACCCAACAACCAUAUUCUCGUUGUUGGUAGCGAUGGGAACAUAUACGGCGUGCUGACUAACAAUGGGCCAGUUAAUUCGGCGGUUUGAUGAAUCGAGUGUGGACGGUUGAAAAUGUGAUGGUAGUUUAAAUAUAAAUUAUUUUUAUAUUUAUGUUGUUGCGUUUUGUUAACAGUGUCACGUGCUGGUGUAAGACUGUUAUACGUUUAAAAUUUAUUAAAGCAUUCAGUUGAA